CAUGCGCCGCGCCCGCACCCAACACAACCCAAUCACCUCGUCCCGCACGCCGUGCACACUCCGGUCCCCUCAUCCCGCAUGAACCCUAGGAGAGAGAGAUAGGAAGAUGAGAGGGAGAGAAAGGGGAGAGGAGAGGAGAGGGAGGUCCGGCAGCGGACGGGAGAGGGUGACCGGCCGGCGUCGGCCUACACCGGCGAGGCGUUGGCCUGCGCCCCUCGCCGCGCCCGGCACACCUCCCUCCUCCACUCCCCCCGCACCCGACCCCUUCGCCCCCGAGCUUGUUUCUCCAGCUACCGCACCGGAGCGGCAUGGCGCUCACGCGACCAUCGACGGGCUAUGAAGGAGGAGGAGACAUGGCAUGGAGGUGGUGGCCACUUGGUAGCCUUCGUCUGCAGCGCCAUACCACUGUCGGGGUGCCGCGCAAGAGGUCAGGUCUGUCGCCACCGCGAGCCAGGGGACGCUCGUUGGUGAUCCUACGUGCAGGAAGCCAACGGGGGGCACGGCAUCAACAAGCCGACAGGAGGCGGGGUCUUCCCACUGGGAUGGAGGAGCAGGCGAUGGCCAGGAGGCCGCCGGUGGGGGAGCAACGAGGCCCGAGCUCUAGGCUCCGCACACAUUGCAGGAUGGAGAAGAGGCCGACAUGGGGCGCAAGGAGCAGCAGGGGAAGAAUGGUGGGGCUUUCAUCUCCUCUCUCAUCCCGACUCCUGCAACCUCGCCACUGGUGCUCACUCGGCCGAUGUAUGGGUGGCGGCCGGGAGUUUGGCCCUCGACACGAAUUCGACCCCCGAGUCUAGCUGACGAGCCCCGUGGUUGGUUUGUCCUCCUACCUCCAGAUCCCCUCUUACUCAUUCUCCUCCUCUCCCCAUAUUUUGCUCUGUUGUUUGUGUUCCUUCAAUUUGCAGGGAUUGUGGGAAGCAAAUGCACGUGGGGAGUUGUUCUACUCUCUCCCUCGAGGUAAGUUUGCUGGGCAGUGGCUUGCUCCUCUCGUGUUUUGUUAGUUUUACCGAGGUGUAUGGUGUACCUGGACGAACAAGGUGGGUUGAGUUGCGGUUUAGGUGGAGAUGUUGGUGCUGUUUGAGACGCCCACUAGGUUCGCCGUUUUCAAGGUUCUGAACAAGGGCAAGCUCGACAAGAUCAAGAGCUUUGUCUUCAUCUUUGUCUGUAGGAUCUAUGGAAGGAGUUCACCAGAUCGGACUCGGCGAGAAAGUUUGGUACGGUUUCCUGUUGUUGCUUGUGUCGAGCCAUGGGUCCGUCUCUCCUUCGCACUGAGCCUACUUCUCCUGUCGCUGGCGCUUCUUCUUCUCGUCCGUCCUGCUUCUUACCAAAGUGCUUAUGCUUGCUGCCUUGGGUUGUACGAUUUCUUCUGUCACUGUCGUUCGACUCAUCAAGGAUGUGUAUGCUUGUUUCCGGUGUUAUACCUGUUUUGGAGGCUGUGGGUAGCUCGAUGCGCUUUGCCGUCCCUUUCAUAUCUGUGUGUAGUCGCAGAGGAUGGCUCUGUUCUUGCUGGUGUAAACUCGAGCUCCCAGUGGGACAGAUAUGGUCCUAUGGAGAAGCUUGAUGAACAAGCCGAGGUGAGCUCUUGUGGUAAAGCUGAAACUUCAUCACCUACUGUUGAAGAAAAGGAUGAUGACAAUGACCAGGCUCAAGUGACCAGAAACAAAAGAAUGAAGUGGCAAGCAUAGAAGAAAUGCAGAGCCAGUUUUCCUCGGAUGCAGUGUAUUACACUGAGUCUGAGGAUACACAACAGUCUAUUGAGGCUACUCCACCAUCGGUGAAAAUCCCCAACAGAAUGAUGCUGGAUGUCCUUUUAGAAUCUUUGGGCCUGCCAUUGGCUGAGUAUCAAACCAAAGUAUGCGAGGAUGGUUUGAAGUUACAAAGAAUCCCAUUUUUGUUCAGAUAUGCAUGCCUUUUUGUCAUCUAGAAUCUUUGCAUUUAGGUUUAUAUUAUUGAUUCAGGUUUAGCUGUUUAGAUCAAAACUGUAAUCUUGCGUGUAGAUUGGACAGAUUAUUUCUCACUUUGAGGACUCCGUUUUGUUCAUCGGAAAGUUUUUUCCCAGUGUUGUUCUUC